GCAAUAAUGGCAAAGUUGACAGAUGCCGAAUGGGAAGCGUAUAAGAAGCAAUUCAAUAAAUCAUAUGCCGAUCAAGAAGAAGAUGCAAUGCGGCGUGAGUUGGUGGCCAAAAGUAAGCAGUUCAUUGGGGAACACAAUAAAAAGUUCGAGGCAGGCGAAAUUAGAUACACCUGUGGCUUAAAUCAUUUAUCCGAUCUUAAGCCUGAGGAAUAUAAUGUUCCUGUAGAGGAAAUGAAAGACAUCAUGCUUGAAACAUUGGGAUAAAAAAGGAGUUGUUAUAAUAAGAGUUAAAAAAAAAAAACAAGUGGAGCUUAUAGCGAAAACAUG